AAUUGAAAUCGAUGGUUGGUUUCUAUAUCGAUAUUUUCUCAAACUUUUCAGCUAACCAUAACAAUAAAUACAUACAUUAAGCACCUUUAGUACACUAAAUUGAAGGCAAAAUACAAUUCUAACUUGUUAAUCAUUAAAGCAUGAGAAUUAUGACCGACUAAGCAAGUCAUGUGAAUGCAGUAGCUGAACCCCGAAAGCUAGAGAACAAAAAGUAUAAAUGUCGGAAUCAAUGUCAAGUGAUCACAAAAGUUUAUUAAAAGGUCAUUCCUCCCAAUAUUUAAAACUAAAUGUUGGUGGUCAUUUAUACUAUACCACAAUUGGAACACUGACAAAAAAUAAUGACACAAUGCUGAGCGCAAUGUUUAGUGGUAGAAUGGAAGUACUGACUGAUUCGGAAGGAUGGAUUUUAAUUGAUCGCUGUGGAAAUCAUUUUGGCAUCAUUCUUAAUUUUUUAAGAGAUGGCACUGUCCCGUUACCCGAAACUAACAAGGAAAUUGCAGAAUUGCUUGCCGAAGCCAAAUACUACUGCAUUACCGAGUUAGCUAUUUCUUGUGAACGGGCACUAUAUGCGCAUCAGGAGCCAAAGCCAAUUUGCCGCAUUCCACUUAUAACUUCACAAAAGGAAGAGCAGCUUUUAUUAAGCGUUUCUUUAAAGCCGGCUGUUAUUCUUGUGGUUCAGCGCCAGAAUAACAAGUAUUCGUACACAAGUACAUCAGACGACAACUUAUUAAAAAAUAUUGAACUAUUUGAUAAGCUUUCGUUGCGCUUUAAUGAACGAAUUUUGUUCAUUAAAGAUGUAAUUGGACCCAGUGAAAUCUGCUGCUGGUCAUUUUACGGACAUGGAAAAAAAGUAGCUGAAGUCUGUUGCACUUCAAUAGUUUAUGCGACUGACAGAAAGCAUACUAAAGUGGAAUUUCCGGAAGCUCGUAUUUACGAAGAAACGCUACAAGUCUUGCUUUAUGAAAACCGCAAUGCACCAGACCAAGAGCUCAUGCAGGCAACGUCUUCGGCACGAGUAGGAAGUGCUAGUGGAACCAGCAUUAAUCAGUAUACAAGCGAUGAGGAAGAAGAACGCACUGGACUAGCGCGAUUACGAUCUAACAAGCGUAAUAAUCCGUCCUGAUUUACAAAAAUUUAUUACAUAUGAUUGACAUUGUUUUUAUAAACGAUUAAAAAAUAUAUAUAUGUUUUCUUUUCUUAAUAAAACGUAAUAUUUCUGCGGUUUGGUCAGUUAUAGGUGUAGUUAAAAUGAAAUUGUUUUUUGGAUUAUCCUGUUAAGAAGAAAUGGUAUCCAUGGUAUUAACAGUUAAUAAGCUUAUCUUCCCUAGCCAACCGUAGAACGAUCCUUUGACCAGUGGUAAAGUUGAUAGUCCCGAGCAUAUUAACUAGAAAUUACAUUAUCUUUACACUGUACACCUAACAAUGGAUUGCAUAAGCGCUAUUCUGUCCGAAAAGUCUCCUUUAAUAUCAAAUUUUGACUACUGCUUUAAUGUUAUCAAUAAAACCUCUACAGGUCAAAACUAAAUAUCACGUUUUAAAAACGAUGUUUUUUAAAUUUUCCAAAACAUCGAUGUUUAUAUUAAACAAUCGAUGAUUUUAGGUUCAUCACUAUUUGAAGAACAAUAAGAAGAGCAACAACACCAAAGGUAUGCACUAAAAUUUGUUCAACUGAUGUAAUUAACUCAAUUUCAAUUUUUAGCUUGUAGUCAUAUAUAUAAAUAUAUAUAUAUAUCCUUAUCUCCAUACAGAAUAGACAUUUCUUGGCAUUUUGGCAGAAUUUUUAUACAUAAACACACGGGUUGAUCAUCUUGGUGUUAUUUUGGACCAUUAUUUACCUUCCCUACCUAACCGUAGAACGAUGCUUGGAACAGUCUUUAUUUGAAAGUUCAUUCAUAGUAAAGUUGAUAGUCCCGACUUGGUUAGUCGGCUGAACUUCUCUGCUUCAAGCACAUUCAUUGAAAACUACAUACCCAUAAUCUAAAAUCAUUAUAGACCUAGCUAUGAGUUGCAUGACCCUUAGAGUAUUAUUUUCUGACUGCAAUAGACUAUCAAAUAAUAUGUAAUAUCGUAAACCAACCAAUUAUUCCGUUUUUAACAAAUAGUAAGAUCUUACUAAUAUUUAUAUUAUAUUUUUUCAACUUACUCGUAGAAUAAAAUAGGAUAUAUAUAUAGUGACGUAUUCACGCCAACUCAUCACGCUCAGUUAAUUGAGUUUCGUCUGCUCUCUCUAAAGCUCUUCUUAACGUAAACAUCCAAGAACAUCACAUGAUUUUACCGUUUAAAGCUAUUUUCUAUUCUUUAUGUCUGUAACCCCUUCUCAAUCUCACUCACAUUUGAAAUUAGUCUUAAGUUGAAAGUUAUACUGUAAAGUUCAAUAAGUCUUAAACCGAUAUUUAAUAAAAACCACAACCGAA